AUGCCCAUCGCCGGUUACCUGCAGCACAUAUGUUUGCUAGCAGACGAUUGUUUGCUUCCGAUCUUUGACAAUAACAGCGUACUGAUCGAUAACAGUAUCCUAGAUCCUACAUCAUGUAUUCCUGAAUUAGCCUCCGGUUCUCUGGGGGAUAUGAUGCUUUUGGACGAAACAGUAAUCUUGUACGAGGCUCACAAGGCUGAGAUUGCCGGAUGCUCAUUCACCGGCCCAUCCACCGGCCCAUUCACCAGUGCGGAUGAUACUUCUUCGACCCCGUUGUUGAUAGACAAUCCGAUAGAGCUCGACACCACGUCUCUAGCCGCUCCUCCAGCCACCCAAGCUGAACAAUUCUUUCAAACAGUCGCUAUUUUGAGGGAAGCGGAUAUACUUACUGGUCACCAAACUGGCAGUGCCACGAGGGAGCUAGAGAUUCCGAAGAUGACUCAAGAUGCACCCCAUGCCAAUGAGGUCCUGGUUUCGACAACAGCGCUUGCCACAAGAACUACUGAAGAUGUCAUCGCCGACCUCAAACGUCCAACUCGCAAUACACAUGCACUAACACAGAAGCCAGAAUAUGAGACUGCGUCUGUAAUACCCUUUGAGAUUCCAUCCGAGCCUAAUAAGCUAGCCGCCAGCGAGCAUUCUCCAGGCGAUGAUGACGAGAAUCUUGAACACCACUAUGAGGAUGGGGAUGAGGAUGAAGAGGACAAUAUCCAGGGAGAAAGGCAGCCAAGAAAGAUUACUGAACGGCAACGAAGAUUGAAUGUGAUUGCCGACCUAUACUUACAAGAUAAACUACGGAACCCAAGCGCAGAUAUCAAUAAGGUAGCUCCGGGAGACGAGGCAAACCAGUCAAAGAGAUGGCUUGUUAAUCAGUCUGAGAGCCGUCAAAUAAUUUCAAGUCCACGGGAGUAUCAAGUUGAGCUUUUUGAAAGAGCAAAGGAGAAGAAUAUCAUCGCUGUACUGGACACAGGCUCUGGUAAAACUUUGAUUGCCGUGUUGCUGCUGCGACAUAUAUUUGCACAAGAGCUUGAGGAUAGAGUUUUAGGGAAACCCCACCGCAUAUCGUUCUUCCUCGUUGACUCUGUUACCUUGGUAUACCAGCAGCAUGCGGUUCUCAAAGCUAAUCUCGACCAGCCAAUGAAUAUGUUCUGUGGAGAGAUGGGUUGCAGGCUGUGGAAUCGAAAGCAAUGGGAGAAGCACUUCGCUGAAAACACGGUGAUUGUCUGCACAGCAGAGGUGCUGCGACAAUGUCUUCACCACUCCUUUAUAUCGAUGGACAGGAUCAACCUACUCAUUUUCGAUGAGGCACACCAUGCGAAAAAGGACCAUGCCUACGCUCGAAUCAUCAAGGACUUUUAUAUAUCCGCACCUAGUACAACCCUGCUCCCGAAGAUUUUUGGCAUGACGGCAUCGCCCGUUGAUGCUCGUGUUGAUCCAAAAAAGGCUGCUGCAGAGCUGGAAGCAAUAUUGCACUGCGAGAUUGCCACGGCUGCAGAUCCUAGCGUAUUCCAAUACUCGCUCACAUCAAAGCAAGAGCAUCUGGCCAAGUAUCAUGGAUUGGGGCCUAGGUUCCAGACCCCACUUUACAAAGAUAUGCAUGCCCGGUUGAAAUCUAAUCCUGUUCUUCGCAAGCCUCUGCUGUUCGCUCACGAAGCUUCCCGGGAACUAGGAGCUUGGUGUGCGGACCAAAUGUGGCAAUUUUGCAUGGCCGAGGAGGAAGUAAAGAAAUUACUCGCAAAGACCGAGAGCAGAUUCCUCAAAAAAGCGGUUUCUGACCCAAUUGCACUGUUAGAGCAAAAUAAGUCAGAUCUGCGGAAGGCCCAGGAUAUUGUCAAGGCCCAUACUUUUGUCCCGCCAGACUUCGACCCAAAGAGAUCCACAUCGAAAAAUCUUUCUUCCAAAGUCAUGCUCCUCAUCAGCUACUUGAGGGAACGCUUUGAGCGCCCUACUGACGACAAAUGCAUCGUUUUUGUGAAACAGAGGUACACAGCCCGUCUUCUAGCCAAGUUGCUCUCGGAGCCGAAUAUCAAAACUCCUAAUUUGUUUGUGGGAAUGUUGGUUGGAGCCGGAACAGGAGGUGCGGGCGACCUGAACACGACUUUCCGCCAACAGGUUAUUACAAUGAUGAACUUUCGCAAAGGUAUUCUGAAUUGCCUUUUUGCGACAUCUGUUGCCGAGGAAGGCCUUGAUGUCCCAGAGUGCAACCUCGUUAUUCGCUUUGAUCUCUAUGACACAUUAAUCCAAUACAUUCAAUCCAGGGGUCGAGCCAGACAUGCGAAUUCCAGGUACAUUCACAUGUGCGAAGCUGGAAACCAAGAACACCAGCACAUCAUCCGCGAAGUCCGGAUUAAUGAGGGCAUCUUAAAAAAGUUUUGCAAUGAGCUUCCCGGGGACAGAAAAAUUACCGGUAACGAUUUUGAUAUGGACCACUUUUUGGCAAAGGAGAGGCAUCACCGUGUCUACACACAAGCAGUAACUGGCGCGAAACUUACCUACAAAAUGAGUCUGAGCGUGCUUGGGAACUUCGUUGACUCGUUGCCCCCUGGUCCUGACAACAACCCUCUGGCGGAAUAUAUUGUGACAAUCCAGAGCAAGCAAUUCAUUUGCGAAGUUAUUCUUCCGGAAGGAGCCCCUAUCAGACGAGCUAUUGGUCGCCCAGCGUCUACAAAGCAAAUCGCAAAGUGCUCAGCCGCAUUUGAAAUGUGCCUCCUUCUCGUAAAAGGCAAAUUCCUGGACGAAUGGCUCCUUCCAAUAUACACUAAACAACUCCCAGCGAUGCGCAAUGCGUUGCUGGCAGUUGACUCUAAAAAGAGGGAUUCGUAUGAUAUGAGGACCAAACCGGCAUUAUGGUCCACUUGUGGAUUCCCAGAAGAACUUUUCAUUACAGUCCUAAGCUUGGGCAGUCCACAGUCAUUGGACCGGCCGUCUCAACCUCUGGCUCUAUUGACUAGAUCGAAGUUACCCAAUCUUCCAUCCUUUAUCCUUCAUUUUGGAGCAGGAAAGAACUCACCAGUCGAAUGCAUAUCUCGUACUCGGCCAAUUAAACUUUCGUCAGCCAACGUGAAUCAGAUCAACACCUUUACACUAUGUAUAUUUGACGAUGUGUUCAGUAAGGAAUAUGAAUCCGACCCCUCAAAUAUGCCGUAUUUCUUGGCUCCUCUCAAACCGGAUGUGUGCCUGGAUGACCAAACAGAGCCAUCUGAUUUGAUAGCAUGGGAUAUCCUUGAAAGUGUCGAACAGAGGCAAGAGUGGAAAGACAAACAGUGGGAGCUCAAGCUAUGGCAAACGGAACCCGAUAAUUUCUUCAACGAUCUGUUCAUCGUUGAUCCUUGGGAUGGUUCGCGCAAGUUGUGGUGUUUAGGAGUUAACAGGCAGUACAAACCCUUGGACCCAGUUCCACCCAAUACUGCUCCGCGGCCUGGUACUAGGAAGAGGAAUGAUAAUAUCAUGGAGUACAGCUGUAGUCUGUGGGAUAAGGCAAGAGCUCGCAGAACCUUUGAUGAGAACCAGAGAGUCUUCGAAGCGGAAUUGGUCCCUCUACGUCGGAAUCUUCUCGACGAAUUGGAUUCACCUGAUACCGAGGCCCCUAAGAGGUGCUUCAUUGUCUUAGAGAGUUUGAAGAUCUCUGGUCUUCCCGCUAAAAUAGUCGCCAUGGCAUAUCUUUUCCCUGCCAUUAUUCAUCGGAUCGAAGCAUAUCUCAUUGCUCUCGAGGCCUGUGAUCUUCUCCAUCUCAAAAUCAGUCCCGAUCUUGCUUUAGAGGCUGUGACCAAGGACUCUGAUAAUUCUGCCGAUAAUGAUGCCGAGCAGAUAAACUUUCAGCGGGGAAUGGGCAAUAACUACGAGCGUCUUGAGCUCUUAGGAGAUUGCUUCUUGAAGAUGGCAACAACGAUAUCUUUAUAUGGCAUCCACCCUGACAACAGCGAAUAUCUAUACCAUGUUGACCGCAUGCUUUUGAUUUGCAACAAAAAUCUAUGCAGCAAUGCCAUUAAGCUUAAGCUCUACGAGUACAUCCGAUCUCAGAGCUUUAGCCGCCGCGCCUGGUACCCGGAGGGCCUUGUGUUGAAGAAAGGGAAAACUGCCACUGCGCCUAGGAGCCAUAAACUUGGCGACAAGACCAUCGCCGACGUCUGUGAGGCGUUUAUCGGUGCUGCACUUUUGACCCACCAUGAAACUAAAAACAUGGAUAAUGCAGUGAGAGCAGUCACUGAGGUGGUGUCGAGCGAGAACCAUAAGCUCAACGCAUACGCGGACUACUAUAAGCUGUACAAAAAGCCUCAAUAUCAAAUCGCACAAUCCACAGAGGUGCAGCGAGACAUGGCUCGGCAGGUAGAGCAGAAGCACUCAUAUCAUUUCCAGUGGCCUCGACUUCUUCGAUCUGCUUUUGUGCAUCCAUCUUACCCUUACUCAUAUGAGCACAUUCCAAGUUAUCAACGCCUCGAGUUUUUAGGCGACGCAUUGCUGGAUAUGGCCUGUGUUAAUUUUCUCUUUCACCGGUACCCAGGUAAGGAUCCGCACUGGCUAACAGAACAUAAGAUGGCGAUGGUAUCCAACGCAUUUCUAGGCUGUCUGUGCGUGUCCUUGGGAUUCCAUACACACCUGCUAUCCUUCAGCGCGUCGGUCCAGAAACAAAUUAGUGAUUAUGUUGUGGAGAUCACCGAGGCUAGAAGUCAAGCUGAGGAUGAUGCCGUUCGUGCUGGCAAAGGUCGGGAAGAGUAUUCCCCCGACUACUGGACAGCGGUUCGACAACCGCCAAAGUGCCUUCCCGACAUCGUCGAAGCUUAUGUUGGAGCUAUAUUUGUUGAUUCCGAGUACAACUACUCGGAGGUUGAAAAUUUCUUCGACAAGCAUAUCCGGUGGUACUUCGUUGACAUGGCCAUUUACGACACAUACGCAAACAAACACCCGACCACCUUCCUCACAAACUUCCUCCAAGUUAACAUGGGAUGCGCGGAUUGGGUGGUUACUGUGAGAGAAAUCAAGUCGGUGGAUGGUAGCAAGCCAACGAUCAUGGCCAUUGUCAUCAUCCAUGAGCAAACGAUUGCACACGCAUAUGCGGAAAGUGGCCGAUAUGCCAAAAUUGCAGCAGCGAAGAAUGCAUUGAAUAUUUUGAAGGGGCUGCCGUUGACGGAAUUUCGACAGAAGUAUUGCUGUAGCUGUCGCCUAGGUGAUGCUGAAGAAGUGGCGGCUUCAGAUUUCCAUGGAACCGCAGUGUGA